UCUGACAGGAAAUGUGUUAAAAAAAGGCACCUUACCAGAUGAUAAUAGUGCCCCCGGUACAAGCUUUUAAUUACACACCUAACAUUACCGAGUCAUCCUUGUGACGCGAAAGUAUCGUAGAACAGAUAUUUUAACCAUCGGUCCAGUAUCUCUCCAACAGUCAAGCGUACAGCAUCACAAGAUGUGGGUUAAUCUGCUCGUAUUAGUGCUUCUGGUGGCAGUUUUUUGGGUUUGGCAACGAUUUUCCUACUGGAAACGGCGCAAUAUCCCGUACAUUACACCAUCGUUUCCCCAGGGAAAUUUGACCGGCGUUGGCAAGAAGCGCCACAUGUCGGCAAUACUCCAAAAUUGCUACAAACAGCUAAAAAGUUCUGGUCAAUCAUACGGUGGUGUUUACUUCUUCAUCAAUCCCGUAGCGCUGCUCAUUGAUCCGGAACUUAUAAAGGUGGUUUUGGUGAAAGAUUUCCCAUACUUUCACGAUCGCAACCUUUAUUCCAACGAUCGCGAUGACCCACUGUCGCACCAUCUUGUCGCCAUGGAGGGAACCAAGUGGAGAAACCUGAGAGCGAAGCUAACUCCCACCUUCACGUCGGGCAAAAUGAAACUGAUGUUCUCCACUGUGACGGCUGUAGCGGAACAGUUUCACAAGUGUAUGGCGGAAGAGAUCAGACACAGUUCCGUGGUGGAGAUGAAGGAUCUACUGGCACGCUUUACCACCGACGUGAUUGGUUCGGUUGCGUUCGGACUCGAGUGCAACAGUUUGCAAGAUCCCGAUGCAGAGUUCCGUGUGAUGGGACGCAAAGUAUUCCAAUUGUCACCCUACCGGGCGCUCAAGCUGUUUCUAGCUGCACAAUUCCCGCAUAUAGCGCGAGCAUUUCACGUAACCCUAACGCUCCCGGACGUAGCGAAAUUUUUUACGGGUGUCGUAAACGACACAAUCGACUUUCGGAAAACUAAUAAUGUGCAACGAAACGAUUUUAUGACACUGCUAAUGAAGAUACUGAAGGAACAGGAGGAGAGUGGAUCAAUCGAUGAUGGGCAGAAAGAUCAUCUCACACUGGACGAUAUUGCGGCGCAAGCGUUUGUGUUUUUCCUGGCCGGUUUUGAAACGUCCUCCACAGCGAUGUCGUUCUGUUUGUACGAGUUGGCUCUCCAUCAGGAUCUGCAGGAUAAAGCCCGACAGAACAUAACGGAGGUGCUGAAAAAGUAUGACUCUAUUAGCUACGAAGCAUUACAUGAGAUGAAGUACAUCGAUAUGUGCAUCAAUGAAUCUCUUCGAAAGUAUCCACCAGUGACUACCCUUACUCGUAGAGUUGAGAAGGAUUAUCGUGUGCCCGGUGCUGAUCAAGUGCUGCAAAAAGGCAUCAUGGUUGCUAUACCUGUUUACGCCCUCCAACACGAUCCGGACCAUUUCCCUAAUCCGGAACGUUUCGAUCCGGAGCGAUUUACACCGGAACAGAGUGAAAAGCGGCAUCCGUUCACUUUCCUUCCUUUCGGCGAGGGUCCACGAGUAUGUAUUGGACUUCGGUUCGGCAUGGUACAGGCACGGAUUGGGUUGGUAUAUCUCCUGAAGCAUUUCCGUUUUACGCUCGCAACAGACAAAACAAGUGUUCCGUUAAAGAUUACGCCAUCCAGUACCAUUCUGACCAUCGACGGGGGACUAUGGUUAAAUGUGGAAAGGUUGUAUUUGAUUUCGCACUUAAGCCGGUUCAGAAGUAUGUACCUUCAAGUGGUGGGCAUUCUGGUUGCGGUCGUGGUUACUUGUCUCGCUUGGAUUAAGCGCCGGUACCAAUAUUGGAAGGCGCGCUCCGUUGCCUUCAUCGCUCCAGAGUUUCCGUACGGUAACUUUGGUACACUCGGGAAGCUGGAACACAUUGCACCGAUCACCCAACGGCAUUACAAUUACUUCCAGCAGUUAAAGGUCCCAUACGGUGGGGUGUUUAUGCUGACAACCCCACUGCUUUACAUCUUCAACACGAAGCUGAUCAAGACGCUGCUGGUGAAAGAUUUCCACUACUUCCCGAACCGUGGCGUUUACUUUAACGAACGUGAUGAUCCACUGUCGGCGCACAUGUUCGCCAUCGAGGGACAAAAAUGGCGCACGCUGCGUGCCAAACUAUCGCCUACCUUUACAACUGGUCGCAUCAAGAUGACGCUACCACUAGUGAUGGAAGUGUGUCAGCGGUUCUGUGAUCAUCUGCACCAAUCGUUGCAAACAUCCGCCGAGGUCGAAAUGCACGAUCUACUUUCGCGCUACACGAUCGAUGUCAUUGGAGCGUGUGCGUUUGGCAUCGAGUGUAACAGCUUCCGGGAUCCAGAUAACGAAUUUCGACGGUAUGGUAAGAUCGCGUUCGAUAAGCUCCGCCAUUCACCGCUAGUUGUGUAUUUGAUGAAAGCCUUUCGGAAGCACGCCAACGCUUUGGGCAUGAAGCAACUUCACGAUGACGUUUCCAGCUUCUUCAUGCGCGUGGUCAAGGACACGAUCGAGUAUCGCGAACGGGAACAGAUCGUGCGUAAUGAUUUCAUGGAUCUGCUUCUGAAGCUAAAGAACACGGGACGGCUUGAGAGCGGGGGUGAGGAUUUAGGGCGGCUAACGUUCGAGGAGAUUGCCGCUCAAGCGUUUAUCUUCUUCACUGCUGGCUAUGAUACGUCCUCAACGGCUAUGACUUACACGCUUUACGAGCUGGCACUAAAGCAGGACGUGCAGGACAAGGCACGACAGUGCGUAAAGGAGACGCUCCAGAAAUAUGACGGAAAGCUAAGUUACGAGGCUGUGUCCGAUAUGAGCUAUCUCGACCAGUGCAUUAAUGAAACGUUGCGCAAACAUCCACCUGUAGCAAUACUGGAGCGUAACGCCGAUAAGGACUACAGGUUACCGGACAGUGGAUUGUUACUGCGUCGUGGUCAGAAGAUCAUGAUACCGAUCUACGCCAUGCAUCACGAUUCGACCCACUUUCCCGACCCGGAACAAUAUCGACCGGAGCGAUUUUCACCGGAGGAGGUCGCCAAACGUGACCCUUACUGUUAUCUACCGUUUGGUGAAGGACCACGCAUCUGUAUCGGGAUGAGAUUUGGGUCGCUACAGGCAAAGAUGGGUUUGGCAAGCAUGCUUGAUCGUUUUCAAUUUAGCCCGUGCGAAAGGACGCAGAUACCGGUACAGUACUCGCGGACCAACUUCAUUCUUGGACCGGCGAAUGGUGUCUCGGCAGUUGCCAUUUCUAGUGGCAAUUGGCAUACGGCCGUGCGCCCAUCCACGACGUUUAGUACUGCACCAAUGGAGCUCGUGGUAGCAUCGCUGGUCAGUUUGGGUGCGAUUCUAGCGACAUUCUGUCUGGGUGUGUACCUUUUCGUGACGCGUAAGUACUCCUUCUGGCGGGCUCAUAAUGUACCGUACGUGGAACCGGAGUUACCGUACGGGAACUUCAAAGAGAUGGGCAAAUCGAUCCAUCCGGCCCACCUUAGUCAGCGGUUUUAUGAGCGGUACAAGAGCGACGAAGGUCCCGGUUUCGUUGGGUUGUACAUUUUCGUCAAUCCGGUGCUGCUCGUUACGAAUCUACGUUUGGCGAAGCGAAUACUGAUCGAAGACUUCCAUCACUUCCCUGACCGGGGUGUGUACUACAACGAGAAGGACGACCCACUCUCGGCACAUCUGUUUGCGAUCGAGGGUCAACGAUGGAAGGAUUUGCGGGCGAAGAUCACACCAACGUUUACGAGUGGUCGUAUGAAAGCUGCAUUCCCGCUGGUGCUGGAUAUAGCUGAACAGUUUUGUGACUUUUUACGGGAGCGGUACACCUCCGGCGACAUGGUUGAGGUACGCGAUCUUAUGGCCCGCUUCACAACGGACGUGAUCGGAUCGUACGCGUUCGGUUUGGAGUGUAACAGCUUUCGGGAUCCACAGAACGAAUUCCGACGGAUUGGUCGCAAGCACUUCGAUACACCGCGCAAUCAUCCACUCAAAGUGUUUAUCAUGAAAACGUUCCGUGGACUAGCGAAUCGGCUCGGACUCAAGCUGUUGCAUGACGAUGUGGCUACCUUUUUCCAAAGUGUCAUUCGACAGACGAUCGAACAUCGCGAACAGCACGGUAUAGGGAGAAGCGAUUUUCUUGACCUCCUGAUAAGACUGAAGAACACGGGCUCACUGGAAGGCUCGAACGAGAUAGUGGGCCGGCUGUCGGGUGACGAAAUUGCCGCACAAGCGUUCAUCUUCUUUACCGCCGGUUUUGAGACGUCGUCCAGUGCGAUGACAUACACACUGUAUGAGCUGGCACUGAACCAGGAACUUCAACAGAGGGCCAGAGACUGUGUCAUGGACGCACUGGAAAAACACGCUGGAGUCUUGUCGUACGAAUCGUCCAAGAACAUGCUUUACUUGGAUCAAUGCAUCUAUGAAACCCUUCGCAAGUACCCACCGGUAGCGAUAUUGGAGCGAACAGUUGCCAAACCUUACAGACUCUCGGACACCAACAUCGUUCUGCAUCGUGGAAUGAAGAUCAUGAUCCCGGCCUAUGCCAUCCAUCACGAUCCGGACAUCUAUCCCAAUCCGGCCACAUACGAUCCGGAUCGGUUCACUCCCGAACGGAUGGCCCGACGUGAUCCUUGCGCAUAUCUGCCAUUCGGGGAAGGUCCCCGCAUAUGUAUCGGGUUGCGGUUCGGUAUGAUGCAGGCACGUAUCGGGUUAGCGCUACUGUUAAAACAUUUCCAGGUGUUGCCCUGCAAGGAGACGGACGUACCCUUGACCUACUCUCCGCAAGCAUUCGUACUGACGCCCGUUAAUGGCGUGCGGUUGCGGUUGGCUAAAUAUGAGCUAAACGAGCCGUAGAAAACGAGCGUUAUUUACGUUCGGAACUUUAGUUUUGUUGAAUUUCUUAUUUGAAUCUGCAUGUGCAAAAAUGGAGUGAACACUUUUGGUUAGAAUUAUAUUACAAAGUUUUUGAAAUUGUUCUCAUUUAUUAUGGAAAUGUUCGGAAUGAGACUGAACGCAGCUCUGUAUCAGAAUAAAAGAAUAAAUUAUUAUA